AGUCAUUGUUAGUGACCGUGACUUGCCUUUGAUGAAUGUCAUUGCAAAUGUUUUCCCCGAGUCAUAUAAAAUAUUAUGUCGGUUCCACAUCCUUAAAAAUGUUAAAGCUAAAUGCAAAAUGUUAGUUGAUUCUACUGAGGCUUUGGAUGUGUUGAUGGAGGCAUGGGAAAAUGUGAUGGAUUGUGCUGAUCAGAGCUUAUUUCUUGACUAUGUGAAUGGUCUUCAAUGCGCCUCUAGUGCUUGGUCUCUGUUCUUUGAAUAUAUGAACCAGACUUGGAUUAUUCCAUGUAGUACAUACUUUGUAAAGGUCUGGACGGACAAAGUAAUGCAUUUAGGGAACACAACCACAAAUAGGGAUGAGUUUGCUCAUUGGGCCUAAAGAAAGUUUUGGGCAAUAAUGUGGGUGAUAUGUGUUCUUGUUGGGAUGAUAUUCAUAACGUCGUUAUCCUACAACAUAACAAGAUUAAGGCGUCAUUUGAAUGAAGUAUUUUGU